AUGAAUACAAUGGUCAGCUUUGGGACUGAACCUCAGAUGGAGGGAGGAAAGGACUUCGGAUGGGUUACUCCAGGUCUGUCCUGUACCUUCACAAAACUUCCUCCUUCUACGGUGUUCAAAGCGAAGUCUUUGUCGACGUUCUCCGGUGACGUUAAAGAUUGCCUGAAAAAGUGCUACGAACAGUCGGACUGUAUUGCCGUUUACGCCUACUCUGGCACCUGCUUCCCAGUUGCUGCUUCUGGGGAUGGGAUCGUACAAGCUCCAACUGGAGAUAAUGGACACGUCUACCGUUUGGAUCGGAACGUCACAAAUACAAGCUGCCCAACUGUGAAACAGUGGCUGGAAGUUCGUAAUACUCUCAUGAAAUCCCUCGAAAAUCUGAUGUUGUGGGCUUCCGACCUCGACUUGUCUAUUAAUUUGAAUAAAAAUGUUCGCAGCAACAAGGCCCACAUUCUUCUUCGUCUUUAUAAAUCCUAUGUAUUGCCACACUUAGAGUAUGCCUCCCAGGUCUGGAAUCCUACCCGCAGAAAAGAUAUUCGGAGGUUAGAGCGUGUUCAGCAUACAUUUACCAGACUAGUCCUUCUUCGGAUGAACAACAGACUGUACAGGCGUAAUUUACCACCUUAUGAUGAAAGGUUGCGAACUCUCAGAUUAGCAAAACACGUCUCUUAA